AUGGACUAUAAUCCGCGCAUGAGCAUGGCUCCUCGCAGCUCUCAGCAGCCCACCCAGCAGAAGCAGAAGAAAGAGGAUGACGGCGAUGCAUUCAUGGUGCUGCCCGACAAAGAGAUCGCCGGAUGUAUAAGUGAUAUCGGCAUCAACUUCAGCGUCGAAGACCUCCGCAAACCGAACCCCCAGCUCAUCCAGAAAGUCUUCGAAUGGUUUGCCGAACUCCUCACCAACACAACCCGCGAGGUGGUCGCGCCGGCGAUGCGCGCUGCGGCGGAGGACAUGUGCGGCGACGAUGCAGACCGAAUCUUCACAUCAGACACACGCGAGCUCAUGGGGUUCUUCAUCACAAUGCGCAAGCUGCUGAUGGAGUGCGGGAUCAAGGACUUCACGUUCAGCGACAUGUACCGACCGACGCAUCCCCGGCUCGUCAAGAUUUUCAGCUACAUUAUCAACUUCAUUCGGUUUCGGGAGAGUCAGACGAAUGUAAUUGAUGAGCAUUAUAAUAGCUCGGAGAAGACGAAGAAUACGAUUGAGCAGUUGUAUCUGGCGAAUCAGGAGAAGGAAGAGCAGGUACAGGAGAUGGAGCGCAAUGCGAAGAAUGUCGAACAUGCGAUGAAGGAUAAAGAGCGACGGAAUCAAGAACUGAAAACACGGCUGCUUGAGUUGAAGAAGGCUCAAGAACGCGUAACAGAAAAGCUGGAACGCGUCAAAGGCGAGCAAUCCCGGCUGAAGUCCGUCCUGGAAGACAAAACAAGCGCAGUCAUGAACAUGCGCAGCGAAGCCAACAAGCUCCGUCCAUACACUGAGCAGUCCCCGGCAGCUCUGGAACAGUCACUCCGGGAUCUCUCGUCCAACCUUUCCGCCGACAAGAACGAAAUCGACCGCCUCGACCGAAGAUCCCGCGCCCUCCAAACCUCCCUCGACACAUUCACCCUCCUCCAAUCAGACAUCUCCUCGUUAUCACGACUCCUCUCCGAUCUCCACAACGAAAUCCUCAAAGGGGACGAAGAAUCCCGAUCCGCGGCCAAGAAUCGAGAAGCACUGACGGAGAAAUCCAACAACGUUCGAGAAGUGGAGCGGCAGGAGAAGAUGCUGAGGAAGCAGCUGCAGCAAUGGCAGGACCGCACCGAGAAACUGCGACGAGAUGCGGAGACGAGGGCGGCGAACGCGAAGGCGAAGAUGGAAGCUUUGCGGGCGACGCAUCGAGAGCUCACGGCGGAGAGGAGGGAGAGGGGCGAGGAGGUGGAGAAGAGGAGAGUGAGGAUUGAGCAGACGGAGAAGAAGAUGGCCGAUCUGAAGGAGCAGAUCGAGCAUGAAGUGCAGAGCGCCAGGGAGGAGUAUAUGAAGAUGGAGAGCCAUAUUCGGCUGUACAUCACCGAGAUGGAGCAGAGCAUUUGA